CCCGCUCUCACCAGUUUAGUUUCUGCAGGGAGUUUGACGUUCGACGGUGCCUUGCCUGAUCGAUCAUGUUCGCUCUUCGAACUUGCCCGUUGUUGUUGUUUUUGUUGCUGCCCAGCUACCUGCAGGCGGCACGCAUUCUCGCAUUGUUUCCCAUACCCAGCCCUUCGCAUUAUUACUAUGCGCUGCCCUACCUCAAGUCAUUGGCGUUGAAGGGCCAUCAAGUGACAUCGAUUAAUCCGUAUCCGCAAAAGCAGCCGAUUGAGAACUUUCGAGAUAUUCCCAUACCCGAAGUGUUUGACAAUUUGGAAGAGUUUCUUUCUAGAGCCAUACAAACCACCUCACUGUGGGCCUCCAAUAAUAUUGGCAACGAGUACUGUGUGAAUCUCACCAAGGCGGUGCUGAACAAUGAUCAGGUGCGUCGCGAGAUCCUCAAACCAGGCGCGGCUCAAUUCGAUCUCAUUGUUAUGGAUCUUUGGCGGCUGGAUGCACUCUACGGACUGGCUGGCUACUUCGAUGCACCGAUCAUUGGCCUGGCACCCUACGGCACCGACUGGAAGAUCGAUGAAUUGGUGGGCAAUACUUCACCCAGUUCCUACCUCCAUUUGCCCACCACGACGCAUGCAUUUCCAGAUCGUGACACAUACUCUGGACGCUUAAAUCACUUUGUGGAGCGUGCUGUAUCCUGGGUCAACUGGCGCUGGAAGUUCCUGCCCAAACACGAACAAAUUUAUGGCAAAUACUUUGGUCGCGUGGCGGAUAAAGUUUCUUUAUCGAAGAUCGCCAGCAACUUUGCUUUGAUCUUGGUCAAUCAGCAUUUCACCUUGGCGCCCCCACGUCCCUAUGUGCCGAAUAUGAUUGAAGUCGUUGGACUGCACAUUGAUGAUCAGCAGCCAAAGAAGCUGCCCAAGGACAUGGAGGACUUUAUCCAGGGCUCUGGCGAGGCGGGUGUAAUUUACUUCUCUCUUGGCACAAUUUUUGAGAGCAAAAGUUUGUCCAACGAACGGCUGCAAAUGCUGCUGCAGACCUUUGCCAGCCUGCCGCAGCGUGUGCUGUGGAAAUUCGAGGAUGAGCGACUGCCGGGCAGGCCACAGAAUGUUUUCAUCAGCAAAUUCUUCCCGCAGCAGGCUGUGCUGGCCCACCCAAAGGUCAAACUAUUCAUCACACACGGAGGCAUGCUCAGCACCGUCGAGAGUCUCCACUUUGGUAAACCCAUGCUGGGACUGCCCUGCUUCUUCGAUCAAUUCCGGAACAUGGAUCACGUACAGCGCAUGGGACUCGGCCUCGUGCUGAGCCAUCAAGAAAUGACCGCUGCGGACUUCAAGUCUGCGCUUCUACGUUUGCUCACCGAGGAGAGUUUUGCCAUCAAUGCAAAGGAAACUUCCAAACGCUAUCGAGAUCAGCCCAUGACGGCGCUGGCGAAGGCCAACUGGUGGACGGAGUACAUCCUGCGGCACAAGGGUGCAGCUCACAUGCGUGUGGCUGGCAGGGAGCUGGAUUUUUUCACCUAUCACAGUCUGGAUGUUAUUGGCACGCUACUGGGUGGUGCUCUGGUGUGCCUUGUGCUCAUUGUGGCUCUGCUGUGGCAGCUGGCACGCUUGGCUGGACUUGGACAAUCUAAGCAGAAAAAGCAAAAGAAUCUGUAG